AUGGAAAGAGGAAAAAUGCCAUCUGCAGGGCGCGGGGCUAAAAGCAAGGCACCACAGCACCCUCAGGAUAUUUUUGCCCUAGGCAGUAAGUCCACUGUGGUAGUCUCCAGCUCGGAGAAGAGAAAUAUUCAUAAGCCUUCCACCAGUGGUGUAGAACGUAAGAGAGACAAUACAGGAUUUGGUAGCCAGCCUCCCAGCAAGAGAACUCGGAUUGGCUCUCCAGCAGAAGCUGUUGGAGGUACCUCUCUGGAAGUGGAUCCAGUAGACCUUGUGUAUAAUGUCUUAAAUGCAUUAGAUACGCAUAAUUCUGAUAAACUGCUUGGUCUACUGACGGGCUCAAUUCGCCUCCUGAAAUCGCAACGCUCAAAACCAGAUCCUAUUCUCUGCAUGAGUCUACUCUACCUGACCAAAAUACGUCCUAACAUGUUCGCCCAUGAUGUUGUCACUCAAAGCCUCUGUACUCUACUGAAGAGGGAGCAAGGAGCAGCAUUUAAGAGCAAAGGGAACCCCUUGGUGUUCGUACUGGCUUGUAAUAUGUUGUACGCUGGACAUAAGGAUAGUACAAAUUGGCCUGAUACAUUUAUCAAGGUAUACAUAGAAGAUGCGCUAAACGAGCGCUGGUGGGUGGAUUGCUCGUGGUGCAAAUGCCUGGUAGAGAACAUAGUAACAGCGUUCAGCACCAAAACGCCACCGGCGCAUUUGGUGCCCUCGGACAGCACGCUGGGCACCAUGUCGCCCUCGGGGUCAGGCUCACCGCUCAUGGGCAGCAAUGAGGACGAGACUGCCGAUACUGAACUGGAGUAUUCUGUCUUUCCAAGAUAUUCAAGUAGCUACGAGACAGUGGAAGGUCUCGUGUUGGAGGCGAUUAAGGACCAGAUCCAGCGGCGUGCUGCACCUGACGCGAUUGGGAAAGGGUUCCUUAAACUAUUGUCUGCUACUUGUGGAUUCCCAGAGAUUCGUAUGAUUUCCGCGUCUCGUCUCGAAGCGUGGCUUCAUUCCGGCAAGCUAUGGCGCUGCGCUCAGGAACUGUUGGCUUACGUGUGCUGCAACGCCGACGCCUGCGGGCCCACGGCGGCCAGGGACCACGAGGUGUUGGCGCAGUUGGCUAGAAUGCGGCUCAAGACCAAGCCGUUGCAGGCUGCCUACCAGGCUUGUCUUAGGGAGAUGGUGUCGGACAGCCCGGCGCUGCUGCGCAGCGUGGUGACGCACACCAUCUACAACGAGCUGUCCAACGUGCGCUCGCCCAACAACAUGGCCGUGCUGUGCGCGCUGAUCCAGGCGCAGCCGCAGCUGGUGCCGGCGGCCGUGGCCGGCGCCUUCCAGGAGCUGCUGCUGCGGCCCGAGGACUACCUGCGGCCGCUGCGCGCGCUGCUGCGCGAGUGCGUGCGCGCGGCGCGGGCCGACGCCGCGGACCUCAGCCAAGUGCUAAUGGAGCGAACAACGGUGAUGGGUUCUGUGCUGCCGCCAGCAGAGCUCAAAGAGUCUCCUCCAGCCAUCGAGCCCUACCUCUCCCAGCAUCGCACUUUGCAUGCGCUCACGCAGAUUCUAUACACGCACAUGUUUAAGGUGCGCUCAGCUGGUACCAACCCUGAAGAACCGCCCGAAGGUGCAUGGGCGCCUGGGGAGCGUGUCACGCUACAGUGGCCAAGUGGACGACGAGCCAAUUUACACGUCAUCAUCGCGCAUGCGCACCUGAAGCUGCUGUGCUAUGGACCUUCUAUGUACGAUAGUAACCAAGACAUGUACAGCUGGCUCCAAUCCGUUUGGGUAGGCAACGACUCCCCUCAGGCGUUCCUCAUGGAGUCCUCCGAGGAGGCCAUCCUCCUCCCCGAUUGGCUGCGAUUGCAUCUCGUUCGGUCCGCCAGGCCACCUUUGUUGGAUGCCGGCUUGAGAGGUCUCCCGGCGCAUAAGUUGGCCUUGUUUAUUCAGACUUUCGGCAUGCCCGUUAAUUCUAUGAGCGCCCUGCUGAGCGCGCUGGACGCGUGCCCCGCGGGCGCCGUGGUGCGGCUGGGCGUGGAGCGCGCCUACAUGGCGCAGCUGCUGGCCGUGCAGCGCAGCCGGGGCGCCCGCGGCGGCGCCGCCUUCGCCGCCGCGCUGCGCCUGCAGCAGCCGCACUACCCGCCAGAUGACAAUCUAUUCGAAGACGAACCCCUCCCUGAAGAGAUGGAGGACGCCUGGGGAGCGACACCGACACCGGCUCCCUUGAGUCCGGAAGUUGUUCCCUCGUUGCUAGCAACUGCGUUUGCCGGCGCUAAUUCCUAUCACGGAGAUCUGGAUACCGCUUUUACGCAGCUUUUUACUGUAAGAUCUUUUAAAGCAUGUAAAAUUAUGAAAAAUGAAAAGAGAUGGGUGACGGGCGCAGUAUUAGUACCUGCGCUGGGCGCGGAGCUGCACUCGGCCGGGCCGUGGCCGGUGGGCGCGCUGGCGCUGGGCUUCGUGCGCGCGGCCGCGGCGGGGCAGCCGCCCGACGCGGCGCCGGGGCUGGCGCGCCGCCCGCAGCUGGCCGCGCCGCUGCUGCGCGCGCUGCAGCCGCUGCACCCGCCGCAGCUGGCCGAGAUUGCGGACCUCCUCCUCAAACAAUACAAAUGCCUCACCGGACCAGUGGUGUCAGUCCUCCGAACCAUGACUGCGGGCGAAAAGGGCACGAAGCGGGAGUGCGAUGACCUUCCUCGUAUUCCAUCUAAGAGCACCAAGGAACAGCUUAUUGCUGCUCUGGAGAACGCAACCCCUAGCACUCUAGAGGCUUUGGGUAACGAGAUAAUAGAAACGCAAGAUACGCAGCUCGUCGCCGACGUGCUCUGUCAUUUGCUAUUCGCAAAUCAGGAGGGUAAAUAUGAGAACCAGGUGAAACCCGAAACGGACGAAGAAGCGUCGACACACGUGUUCGCACGCCGAGGCCUCGGCUGCGGGCUGCUGCUGGACUGGCUGUCGGAGCUGCAGAGGGAGACGCUGGGCCCCAGGCCGCACAAGCAGAUGGACCUGAUGUUCCGCUCCAGCUGCGCGGCGUGGCGGCCUCUGCUGGUGACGCUGCUGGCGCACCGCGCCUCCUGGAACACGCUGCACAAUUGCCUCACCACGCUCCUGCAGCCUGACGGGGAAUGGGCAGCCAGUUCGGUACUGGACUUCGCGGAAACGUUGAUCGGCAGCCCAAGAGUGUGGCAAGGACGGGACAAGACCACGCCCAAACAUUACACGCCCGAAGACACCUUACGGCUGAACCAUCAACAGCUCGACGUCCUAGUCCGAUACAUGGUAGCGGAAGCGGAGGAGGCGGAGCGCAGCGGCGGCCUCGAAGCGAUGCGCCGGCGUAUCGAAGCUCGCCUGCCGCUGUUACUACGCUGCUGCCCCGAGCCACAUUCAUUGCUCGCUGCUGCGUUGGCUGCGGCCAGGGCACAUCCACUGCUGCUUCUGUUGCUCUAUAUGAAGGUGCCGAAAAUCCUCCAACUCCUCCAAGAGUGCGAGGACCGACCCCCCACGGACCGUCUUCUACAUCCGUCCGAGGAAGUAUCCGAAGUGGCGGCGCGAUCUACCAGCGCUACCGACCGAGUAUCCCACACGUUACUCACUGCUAUCGCCGCCGCCGCGCAGCAGGGUCAGGGACAUAAUAAGGAAUCUUCACAUAACAUUAUGUCCGUAAAAAGAGAAACGGUCUGCUCCCCGAGUCUGAAGUGUGGAAUUCGUGCACUGACCAACGGCAGGCUGUGGCGCAUGGAGGCGGGCGUGCGCGCGCUGUGGGCGCGGGGCGAGGGCGCGGGGCAGCGGGCGCUGCCGCUGGCCAGCGCGCUGCUGCGCGGCUCCUUCGCCUUCCCGCACGCGCGCCACCACCAGCACCUGCUGGCCGCGCUGGAGAUGCUGCCCGACGACAAGCUCUUCGCCGCCAGCGUCAGCGGCGAGAUCCACAACAUCCUGGAGUGCUUCCUGCAGACGGCGCGGCUGGGCGGCGGCGGCGGCGCGCGCGACAGUGCGCUGCUGCACCGCAUCGCCGCGCUGCUGCGCCGCUACCUCGCCGCGCGGCCCAACCAGGCGCAGGCGCUGCUGCACGCGCACCGGGACACCGUCUCAUCCAUCCCAGCGCUGAGCUCCUUGAACGCCGCGGAGGUGUCGGCGCCGGCGUCCGCGGCGCCGCCGCCGCACGCGCUGCUGGCCUUGCAGAGGAGGGCGGACUCGCCCGAUGAACUGCACUGGGUGCUGCAGGAGCUGGAGGCGUGGGGCAACCGGCGCGGCGGCGCGUGGGGCGGCGCCGCCACGGCGCAGGCGCUGCUGUGCGCCGCCGCUCCGCUGGCCGCGUCGGCGCACGCGCAGCUGCGGACCACGGCGCUGUCGCUGCUCGCCAAGCUGCUGCCCGCCGUCACGGACACCAAGCCUGGUCUACAAGCGAUCCUCGAAUGCCUCGAUUCACAUCUACCAGAAAUAACGCAGUCCGCGUUAGACAAACUCCCCGACCUCAUCAUAGGCCUACAAGAACAUGCUGCACGUAUCCUAAUGAAAGUUUUCGAGCUGGGAGUCCGAUCUCGACAACCAACAGAGCAGUGCCUGGCAAAAUGCGUCACCACAAUCAAUCUACACAGGGGUUGCUGAUUCGGAACAGGGGAUGCACUUGUCAGAGACUUAUACCUCCUAGGACGCAGUGCAUCUCACUAUUUCCCGUUUAUUGUGACAAAACGGACAGGUUCUACCUUUCGAUGCCAUCUCGCUUGAUUUUUCUACCUGAUUGAUUGUCAAAGACAUUUGAUUAGCUUCAUGCAUCGAGUAUGUAAUAAGAAAUAGAGACGAAAUGUCAUUUAUAUUUGUUUCAAAACUAUUCUGCCAAAUUAUUACUGUGACAACUGCGCUUGGCCGGUGCAGCCACUUGUGAUUGGCCAGCCCGAAUUAGAAACAAUUGAC